AUGCCACCGUCGGGGUUGGGCUCAACAGCAACGGCCGAGGACGAAGUUAAUUCAUUCUUGCGCACAGAAGACAAGUUCUUGGAGUAUGCUUCCAGAUUUGCCGAUACCGUGCCAACAUCCGAAGGCUUAUCGGAAGCGGCGUGGCACGUAGCACAGCAGCAAGCGCCCCCUCGACAUGCCGUGCAGAGCUACCUCGAUCUUCUACGGCAACUCGACAGCCCAGUUGAAAUCUUACCAAUUCGGCCACUUCGGAAUCACAUCACGCUGUCCUCCGAAGGCUCCGUCCGCCCUGCUAUAAUACCAUUCGUGGAGGGCAGCGCGUGGGCUUUCGCUGUGGCGUAUCCCGAUUGCAUUCACUGGUAUGACAGCAGAUGCGACCAGCCUAUCCCAUCGCUUUCGUCGCCCGACAAGCGCGUGGUGACGAAUCAUUGGACCGGGCCCAAACAUGAGAGAAAUGGAGACUCUGGCAUCUUCAUGCUGAUGGGUAUUAGAUGUAUCCAACGUGGUGGUCCACAUCUCCCUCAAGAGACUGCAGUCAACCUGGCAUCGGCGUUUCGUGCACGAGUCGUGCUCGAGCUUCUCUGCGGCAAAAUAGACCCAUCCAGACAUACUGCGGAGAGCUUGCUCUCCCAGGAGGUGGAAGAGCAGUCUCUGUUCUUUGAGGACGCGAUGAAUGGAAUCGACAGGCAGUCUCCUGCUUCGCCGGAUGCCGAGCCGGAGAACAUGCUCGCUCCAUCGCCAUUCGACUCCGACCUCAGCCCCCCACCAGCUACCGCUUCUCUGGCACAGCCUGCAUGCAAACGAGUGCGGCAGGAGAGUGGCUGUAAAGUGGCCGAUGCCAGAACAAUUCUCGCCAACCUCAACGAGGCGUCCCUCGCUACGCGGGCCGUGGUUCGGUCAGCGGGCACACCCUUGGACAUUCUAUGGUUGCUGGUGCAGAACAUCUCAUCUACGAGCGCAUUUCACGACCGGCUUAACGCCAUUCUCUUCUAUGAGGAGAUGACGCGCCAUCGGACAGACAACGACGUCAAAGAGGCGAUGCAGCAUCCGAUCGACGUUCGAGACAUGCGCAUCGUACAGGCGCGCUGCAAGUUUUGGAAGGACGUCUGCGAGCUCCGUAGUGAGUGGGAGGAAGACAAGUAUGUUUUGCUGCUGGCAUUUCCUCGGGCGGUGACCGGGAGAACCGGCCGGGCGCGGCACAUCCAAGAACUAGAGCGGAGACUGAAUGAUCGUGAUGACCAUCUUCAGCAGUAUCUCCACGCUGCGAGGGACCUGUGCCGCGCCAUCAUCCAUAGUUCUCUCCCGUGCGAGAGUCUGAUGAUAGACAUCUAUCAUUUGAAGCAGCAUGAGCCUUUGUCCGACAGCAUGUAUGACGCAUUCGUGAGCGUGAAGCCGAGGGCUAGAGUACCUCUACCACGCUUAGCAAGAUAG